AUGUCUACAGAACUUGAUUUUGAUACUGAAGAACCAUUGAUUGACACUGUCAGGCCGCUAACUAAUGCUACUAUUACAGUGCGAGUGAUAAAAUCUUUCCCAUACAGAAAUGUUAAGAAUAUCAUCUUCACUGAUUACGAUCUAAAAAACAAGACCGCAAAGGAUCUAUAUGAAGAUUGUAUGAAAAAGAUUCAGACCACCGGCGCCUUCAGACCAUUCCGUAAUGUGGUAUAUGAUGCCAUGAAAAUAUACACACAUGCUCACGGGUCGAAAACCGUUAAUCUUGUUAUAAAUUUCGAUCACGAUGAUAAUUGGGUUAUGGACAUUAAUGAUUCUUCAAAGAAGCUUGUUGAAUACGGUGUUAAAAAUGAAACUGAGAUCUCGGUCUUCAAUCAAGAAGAAUACGUCUCUUUCAAAGCAAACCCAGAAGAGAAAUGGCUAUAG